CAAUACCAACAGCGGUGGUUGGUUCGGUGGGAAGCGAGUGAGGGGUACAUAUGUACUCAGAUAGACAGAUACGGUACCCUGGCUGCCCCGCCAAGCGUCAACCACCUUUUUUCUUCCUUGCGCUGUCUCUGCUUCCUCCUCUUGAAAGCGUCGUGGACACACAGUUGGGAACAACACACACAUGCGCACUCAACCAUCAUCGAUGCUCUAGUUUCUCUCUAGCCACCCACUCAUUGGCGUGUGGAGAAUCGGCUGAGUCGAGCGAAGAAAGACAGACAUAAAGUCCCAUCCAGGCUAACCUCCUUUCUCCCUCCCACAGGCGUCGGGAAUUGCCACAUCCCUACGCUCGCCGAAGGUCGCUACACUACACACUCGCGCUAUCCAACAAGUCCCUACCGCAAUUUACCAUUUGUGUGCUGUGCUGUCUUGUGCUUUGUCUCACCCCCCCAGAUCCUUUCUUAUAUAACCAGCGGUGAAGGUUCCUUGCCCCCACCAGCAUAACCAUCUAUCAAUUCCCCCUCCCACUCCCCUCUCUUCUUCCUCCUCUUCUUCUUCCUCCCCCUCCCACUUCACCACAACUGCCUACACCGUUUUUCUUGCCCACGCACACAUCCUCACUCACCCUCCAUCAUGGCUGCUCGUCCCACCAACAUUGGCAUCAAGGCCAUUGAGAUCUACUUCCCCAGCCAGUGUGUCGAUCAAGCCGAGCUCGAGAAGUUCGAUGGCGUCUCCACGGGAAAAUACACCAUCGGUCUCGGCCAGACCAAAAUGUCCUUCGUCGACGAUCGCGAGGACAUCUACUCGAUCGCCCUCACCACCGUCUCCUCGCUCUUCAAGAAGUACAAUAUUGACCCCAAGAACAUUGGCCGCAUGGAGGUCGGUACUGAGACGCUGCUCGACAAGUCCAAGUCGGUCAAGUCGGUCCUCAUGCAAUUGUUCGAGGAGUCUGGCAACUUCAACGUCGAGGGCGUGGAUACAGUAAACGCCUGCUACGGCGGAACAAAUGCUCUCUUCAACACAGUCGCCUGGGUCGAGUCUUCGGCGUGGGAUGGCCGUGACGCCGUCGUAGUGGCUGGUGAUAUUGCUCUGUACAAGAAGGGCAACGCUCGUCCUACUGGUGGUGUUGGUUGUGUGGCCAUGCUUGUUGGCCCCGAUGCCCCCAUCGUCGUUGAGCCAGGUCUGCGCGGCUCAUACAUUACCCACGCCUACGACUUUUACAAGCCCGACUUCACCAGCGAGUAUCCCGUUGUUGAUGGUCACUUCUCCCUCCGCUGCUACACCGAAGCUGUCGAUGCUUGCUACAAGGCCUACAACGCCCGCGAGGAGACUCUCAAGUCUCAGUCAAACGGUACCAAUGGCCACUCUCAGGAGCAAGAGACUCCUCUGGACCGCUUCGACCACAUGUGCUUCCACGCCCCCACCUGCAAGCUGGUUUCCAAGUCGUACGCGCGCAUGCUUUACAACGAUUACCUGUCCAACCCUACCAACCCGCUCUUUGCGGAAGUUCCUGGUGAGCUCAGGGAUCUCGACUACGCUACGUCCGUCACCGACAAGGCCGUUGAGAAGACCUUCAUGGGACUCUCCAAGAAGAGAUUUGCUGCCCGCGUUCAGCCUAGCAACCAAGUCCCAACCAUGUGCGGUAACAUGUACUGCGGCAGUGUGUACGGCAGCUUGUGCAGCUUGAUCGCCCACAUUGACGGCGAGGGAGCCAUUGGCAAGCGCAUCGGCAUGUUCAGCUACGGUAGUGGACUUGCUUCCUCCCUCUUCUCUUUGAAGAUCCGGGGCAGCAUUACCGAGUUCCAGAAGCAGCUUGAUGUCCAGAACCGCCUCGAUUCCCGCCGCGUUGUGCCCCCACAGACCUAUGAUGAUAUGUGCCUACUCCGUGAGCACGCUCACCUCCAGAAGGACUUCACCCCCAAGGGUGACCCAUCCACCCUCUUCCCUGGUACUUACUACCUCUCUAAAGUCGACGACAUGUAUCGACGAACCUACGAGAUCAAGCAGUAG